AUGGGCUCAAUCGGAGAAGAAAUCCUUACCGUUCCGAAUGCCUUUCGAACUCGCAUUCUCGAUGGCCAAGUCACGCCAAUCAUGACGAUCAAGUAUGCCAUCGGCAACGAAGUAGCUAUGAUGGCAAAAAUGGCCGGCUUCCAUGGAGUCUUUAUCGACAUGGAGCACGGCGCUUUCAGCCUCCGCGAGGUUUCACAGCUUAUUCUGGCCUGCAAUUACGUCGGUGUCUCCCCCGUGGUCCGCUCUCCCUCGAAGUCGCACUGGCACAUUAGCCGCAUACUUGAUGCUGGAGCUGCGGCAGUUGUCAUUCCUCACAUCGAGUCUGUCCAAGAAGUCCGCGACAUCGUUCACCAUGCUAAGUACGCGCCUAUCGGUGCCCGGGGCUGCACGAACAACCAGCCUGCCUUCAAUUUUCAGCAUAUCCCCACGCUGAAGCAGAAUGAAGCACUCAACUCGCAGACAAUGCUUAUUCCUAUGAUUGAGACUCCUGGUGCUGUGGAUCUGGCAGAGGACAUCCUUGCCAUUGACGGCGUUGAUGGAAUCUUGAUUGGCUCAAAUGAUCUGACAACGGAUUUGGGAAUCCCUGGCCAGUAUGAUGAUCCUCUUUAUUUGGACUCCGUCAUCAAGAUCAUCAAUGCAGGAAAAAAGUAUGGCAAGCCUAUUGGAGUCGGUGGUAUUGCAGGCCGCUUGGACCUUUUGGAGCGAUGGUUCACCUUGGGCGCGACCUGGUCUUUGAGUGGCCAGGAUGGAGCAAUCUUGCAGAAGGCGUUCAAGCAGAUUGUUCACAACUAUGAUGAAAUCAACCAGAGAGUUCAAAAGCAGAAGGUAUAG